UUUUUUAAAUUGUUACUUUGUCCAUUUCUAUCCUUUUAAAAACAUUUUGUUUGUUUUUCAUCAUCAUUACUACGUUCUUCAAACGUUUUUUUCGUGAACGUAUAGAUUCGUGUGUUCUUCAAACCCUCUCUAUCUCCAACUUAAAUUUUUUCGGGUUUUUUUUUUGUUUCUUUUACGUAACAAAAAUUUCGUUCAUCACGAAAUCGACAAUCAUGACCAGCGGAGCGCCAGCUUGGUCUGGAAGUUCCCUAAAAUCAUAUGCCGAAUCUGAUGGCGCAGAUUCACAUGAUGAUGAUUCCAGUAAAGAUGGUUCAUUAAAAGGUGGUGGCAGUGGUUCAAUUGAUGGUUUAAACGGUACCAAUAAUGGUGGCAGUUCAGAUGCCGAAGGUGUUUGGUCACCGGAUAUUGAACAAAGUUUUCAAGAAGCAUUGGCAAUCUAUCCACCUUGUGGUCGUCGUAAAAUUAUACUUUCCGAUGAAGGAAAGAUGUAUGGUCGAAAUGAAUUGAUUGCCCGUUAUAUAAAAUUACGUACAGGAAAAACGAGAACUCGAAAGCAGGUCUCUAGUCAUAUACAAGUAUUAGCGAGAAGAAAACAACGUGAAAUACAGUCAAAAAGCAAAGAUAUUAAAGAAAAAUCCGGCAUCCAAUCACCAUUAACAAUUGCUACACCAAAACCUACAACUAUAAAUAGGAUUCAUCCCACAUUAGCUGAUCUGGCACCACAGGUGACUGCUCCUUAUCCAUCGUUUUGGUCACCAGGAAUUUCUCAUAACGAUUUAAAGAAUUUAUGUAUGCCAUCAGCCGGUGCUCAUUAUUUUCCAGGUGCAAAUGGUACAAGUCCUUUAACCAAUGGUUUUGGUCCAUUUUUUGAAGGAAAAUCUAUAGCAACGCAAAAAUUCCGUCUUGUGGAAUUUUCAGCUUUUAUGGAAUACCAAGAACAUGAUACUGAUAAACAUUUGUUUGUUCAUAUUGGACAAACACCAACAUCAUCAAGCGAUCCAAUGCUUGAAUCGGUUGAUAUUCGCCAAAUAUAUGAUAAAUUUCCGGAAAAGAAAGGCCUCAAGGAAUUGUUCGACAAAGGGCCACAAAGUGCUUUCUUUUUGGUAAAAUUCUGGGCUGAUCUAAGUACAUCAUUGCCCGAUGAUUCUGGAGCAUUCUAUGGUGUGACCAGUCAAUAUGAAAGCAAUGAUAAUAUGACUAUUGCAUGUUCAACAAAAGUUUGUUCGUUUGGCAAACAAGUUGUUGAAAAAGUUGAGAAAGAAUAUGCCAGAUAUGAGAACGGCCGUUAUGUUUAUCGAAUUAAUCGAUCUCAAAUGUGUGAAUAUAUGAUAAAUUUCAUUCAUAAGCUUAAACAUUUACCUGAAAAAUAUAUGAUGAAUUCAGUGUUGGAAAAUUUUACAAUUUUACAAGUUAUUACUAAUGCCGAUACUCAAGAAACAUUACUCUGUAUCGCAUACGUAUUUGAAGUAUCAGAAACGGCUGGAACUCAACAUCAUAUAUAUCGUUUGACAAAAGAAUAAUUAAAUUGUAUCUGAUUGAUUGAUUGAUAAUCUCCCAAAUAUUUAAUAUACAGAAACUGGAACACAAACAUUUCAAAUCUACCUACACACACACACGCCCACAAGGCUCCUAUACGAAUUUUGUUAUAUUUUGUUAAAUAUCAUUUUUUUUCUUUUUUGUUUUAUUUAUAUCAUUAUAAACUUAAAAAUUGUAUCCGAUAAGCUCAAUUCUUGAAUAUCUCCUUUUAUUCUCAUUUCCAAUUUAUCUUUUCGGUCAUAAAUGAUGAUGAUCAA